ACCGAGCAGAGCUCUUUAAUCCUGCAGAGGAACUCCAUGAGGUGGGAUGGCAAGGUUUAUGAAGAGGUCCCGAUAGCUCACAUCAAAGCAACUUACAACAACACACACAUCCAGGUGGUGAGCUUUGACAACCAGCCGUUCUCCCGCACGUCCUGCGGCACAGAAGGCUUCCAGAACGCCAAGAAGGGCACAGCCAUCGCAGCACAGACUGCAGCCAUGGCAGCAGCAGUGAAAGCACGUGGGAAGGGUGUAUUGCACGUGCGAGUCAUGGUCAAAGGACUGGGACCUGGACGCAAAGCUGCCAUCAAGGGGCUGACAAUGGGAGGUUUGGAGAUCAUCUCCAUCACCGACAACAGCCCGGUCCCCCACAACGGCUGCCGCCCACGGAAACCCAGGAGAGUCUGAGGGGCAGGGCAAGGGACACACAGCUUUCAGUGUCAGUUCACCAGGGACUGACUUGAAUGUUGCUUCUGUGACUGAUUCUGGAAGGCCACCCUCCCUGGAAAUGCUUGUUGAGGGAAGCUUGGAGAGAACAUGCUGAGCCUUGAAAAUGCAGGAGGUAGAAGCUGCUGGUAAAAGCAGGAAUCCGUGUAUUCCCUUAGUGGGAAGCCUCUUGUCUACAAAGUUUGUUGAUUAAAAUGUUGCUUUUCUGACAGCCA